GUGACGCUAGCAUUGCUCUAAACAUUUACAAUUCUAGACGGUGCGCGUUACACUUACAAUUCCCGGACUUAUUUCUUCUAUUCCCGGCAAAACAAGAGACUACAGGUCCUAGACUGUUCUUUUUACCGAUCGAGUUUCUCCCGCCACGAUUUCUUAUCCUGAGAGCCCAUCGUUUCCAGUCACGGUCUUGGUGACUUGGAGAACUAACUAAAGAGAUAGUGGCAAUACGGUAUAUAACCAAAUGCAGAAUGAUGGAUCCGAUAGAGAUGGCAUCGCAGUGGGCGGUCAUAGUGUUGAUCAAUAUGACCUCGAGAAACAAGGGAACAUGGAGAGUGAGCCUCGGGAGGAGGAAAAUGGAACCCAGUGUUCGUUACGGCAAUCUGCCCAAGAAGGCACUGGGACGGUGCUCGCCCUUGUGAUCUCGAAGGGGGAGUCACAGUCUCAAGUGUCAGUGACUUCAGAGCUUAAGGGGAGUGUUACAGUGACCAGGGGCACCAACAGGGAUGAAAUUACUGAUAUGGUUACUCCUAAGAAAGGUUGCUUGUCAAGAAACGAAAGUUCGCACGAGCAAUGCAGAGUUUGUCAGCAGCAAACAGAAGAACCUCUUAUAGAUCUUGGAUGCCAGUGUCGAGGUGGGCUAGCAAAUGCACAUCGAUCAUGUAUUGAUACUUGGUUUCGCACUAGAGGUUCAAAUAAAUGUGAGAUAUGCCAGCAAGUAGCAGCAAAUGUGCCACGCCCAGAGCCCCAGUCAAGUACAAAUUAUUGGAUUUGGAGGGUUGACCCAGCCUUUGGAGGAUCUAAUAUUGCACAAGAACGUGAAAGGUGGUUCAGUCCGCUUUGGGUGGCAUUCUCAAUCCUAAUUGGUGGGCUUUUAUUGGAUGUGCUGAUAUCCAUUUCACUUGGUGUCUCUGCACUUCCUGUGAACAUUAUUAUAGGGAUGAACCUGUGCAGGUGUGCUUGUUGUCCUAGGACUUGGAACUGCACUUCGUCUUGCACUCGAAUGUUGUCAUGAGUGGAGCUUACGGAGAGCGGUCCUGAGGGUGGAAUCAAAUAAUCACCUCAGCUACCCCGCUGUGUAAGUAAAUUUAUAUACAAAGUUACAACAAGAAGCAACACAAUUUCCCCCUUUUUAUUUGUUUUUAUGUAUAUAUUGCUUCAUUUAUCACCCUAUGUAUAAAAGGAAGGAACCAUUGCGUAGUCCGAUGGUAAAAAUGCCCGCUGAACAAACAUGAGAACAUGGCCACUUUGUUCAAGAAAAUACCAAGGUUAGGUUUGUAUCCAACGAACAACAUUGGAUAAAAGCCCUUUUAAAUCUUUGUUUACAAACUAAACCUGAUAAUUCACAUGUUGACAAAACAUUGGACUGUGAUCCUUUUCAUCUCUCUCUUGUGCUGAAUUAAAUGGCGAGGCUCUUAACACA